AACCUGUGGUAUGUAACAUUGUACCAUUGUACAUUGUUGCUUAUAGUUUGUUAAUUGUUAAAGGUAAUAUUAGUAUGAAAGUAAUUAUUGUUUAACGGUUUAAAAUGACUAUAAAACCAAGGGAAAAGUUGGCUGAUAGUGACGACGAUCCAGUAGAAUCUAUGUUAAAAAAAUCUGGAUGUCUGGAUUUACAUUACAAAGUUCAGGAAUGUAUAAACACAACUAGGGAUUGGAGGAAAUGUCAAGGUGAAGUCAACGAUUUUAAGGACUGCAUCACGAGGCACAAGCAAGCCGAGAUGACUAGAUCAAAGAGUUGAUUUGUUUUUCGUUAUUAAUUUAUCAAAAUAAAUAUUAUAUUAAAAAGUUAUAGAUAAUAAAUCAUAAUUUAUUAGACUUUU